UUGUACAUUUCAUCUGAACACUCAUUUUGAUUCAUUGGCUUUUGAUUCAGCAUGAGACUUGUUUUUUUUUUUAGCUUUACCAUUUUUGAAAUUUCUACGGUCUUCAUUAAUAAUUAGUUUCUUGUUGUUGUCAUUAUUUUUGCUCCAUGUACAGUGCUCUGUGUUUUUAAAGUGCGGUGGUUAUUCUUAACUUGCUCUAUAAAUACAGUUGAAUACUUCACACACAAUUUAACAUUUAAGCUCCGUAUAAUAUCUUCCGGCGACAAGAGUCAAACUAUAACGCAUCAUUUAGACGACAUAUACACAACUAAAGCGUGGCUCAAGAAAAAAAAAAAAAGAUUAUGAUUAAAAGCGGUCAUCCUUUAUCAGGGGCAAGUACCAUGAGUCACCCACACACACACACAAAUAAAAGAAGGAGUGAAGGCUGCCUGAAUCACACAAUGAGCAGGGCCAAUAGGAAAAAAGCCUCCCAUUCGUGAGGAGGGAAGGGGCUGGUGGUGAUUCAAAGUAAGUCGAAAGGAUUUACAGUCAGUGGAACACUCUCACAGUCUCACGACACACACACACACAAACAUACACACCCCUCACACUGAGAUCCGUGAGAUGGUUUGACUGCAAGAGCUGGAGCCGCUCUCUUGAACCUUCAUCAGCACAGCGACCCAAGAGAUGACCACAAUAUGACCGACUCCUCAUCGUUUUCAAGAAUUUGACCCUCCAAGAAGAGGGUGUGUGUGUGUGUGUGUGCCUUGGGGAUCCUUACGGACUUUGUCGUCAUGGAAACCGGAGUCUGGAAGCGGACACGAGGACCACUGAAGGUGGAAUGACCUGCGCAGACCGCAUCCUUGACACCUUUCCUGCGACGCUGAGAGAAUGCUGUGGAGAAUAACCAUCGCGGUCAUACUGACUGGAGCGCUCUGCAUCACGGCCGAAAGCAAAAAGUCCCGGCCGCAGGGCUACAUCCCGUCGCCGUACAAGACCAAAGCCAACCUGUCCUCCGAGCGUCACCAGCAGCUCCUGCAGCCCAAACCCGAGGUGCUAUCGUCCAGCCGCGAGGCCUUGGUGGUGACCGAGCGCCGCUACCUGCGCAGGGACUGGUGCAAGACCCAACCCCUGCGCCAGACCAUCAGCGAGGAAGGCUGCCGCAGCCGCACGGUGGUCAACCGCUUCUGCUACGGCCAGUGCAACUCCUUCUACAUCCCCCGGCACAUGGGGCCCGGCCACAAUCGAGGACAAGGAAGGAAAGGCCACAAUAAGGCCCAGGAGCCCUUUCAGUCGUGCUCCUUCUGCCGGCCGCACCGCGUCACGCAGCUCACCGUGCAGCUGGAUUGCCCCGACCUGCAGCCCCCCUUCCGGCACCGCAAAGUGCAGAGGGUCAAACAGUGUCGCUGCAUGUCGGUGGACGUGAGCGGUCACGGAAAGCUGUGAAGACCCUCGGCGACCCAAAACUCGCAAAUGAUGCGCCCCCCCCCUCAAAAAAAAAAGCUCCCGUCUCUUUGCUUGGAACUUAAUGAAACGCAGAAGGAGAAGACACCGAUUCAGUCACAGACUCGAGGACGUGUUAAGAGACUGUUACGUUUUGAUAUUUUCCUUUGUUGCCAGGGGGGAAAGAGUCCAAAAGCUAAACGACUUACUGGACCCAAACUGUGAAAGGAGAUGAUCAGAAUCUGUCUCGUUCUCUUAAAUCCAUUCGGUGUUCUUAGCGAUGCACAAUCGGUUGUCUGAAGGCAACGCAAUAAAGACUUUUGCCUGUUUGGACACACACACACACACACACACAUAUAUCCUACAAAAAGAACAACA